UGGGCUAGAUGGACCUCGGGUCUGAUGCAGUCUGGCAAUGCCUGUGUUCCUAAUCAGACAAGAUUUGCUUUUUGCUUUUCUAAUUAACACGCCAGUCUGGACCCAGCUCUCCCCCCAGGCUGGUGUCAAUCUGGAGCAACUCCAAGGACGCCCACAGAGGUACACUGCUGUGACCAGACUCGGCUGUUCUCAUUUUCUUAGGGGCGGCAGCAGGGAAUGCUAGACUGCGGUGGUGCCCUGAACUCAGAGCUUGGGCAAUAAAGAUCAACGGCCACGUUUACGGCAAUGGCACCUGCAGGUCCCAGAGGCCUCAGCAGGGACUGUGCGUGCUCAGCACUCUUGAAAAAACACAGGAAUCCUGAGUCCCUCUGGUCUGGUAUCCUGUCUCCGAAAGUAUCUGGGGCUAGAUACCUCAGAGGACACCCCCUAGUGGACACCGGUGGAAUAACCUACUCCUGGAGGAAGUUCCUUCCUGACCUUAUCAGGGAGUGGCUAGCUCACGCCCUGAAGCCGGAGAGUUUAUAGCCCUUAUAAAUUUACCACCAUCUAAACCAGCCGUGCAACGGGGACGCAUGGCCCACACGCAGACCAGCCCCGGCCAGUACCUGCUGAGCAACGGAGACCCCUACAACGGCCACUCCUACCUGACCGGCUUCAUCUCCCUGCUGCUGAGGGCUGAGCCCUAUCCAACCUCCCGCUACGGGGCCCAGUGCCUGCAGUCCAACAUCAUGGGCAUCGAGAACAUCUGCGAGCUGGCCGCCCGCCUGCUCUUCAGCGCCAUCGAGUGGGCCAAGAACAUCCCCUUCUUCCCCGACUUCCAGCUCUCCGACCAGGUGUCCCUGCUGCGCAUGACCUGGAGCGAGCUCUUCGUGCUCAAUGCCGCCCAGUGCUCUAUGCCGCUGCACGUGGCCCCGCUGCUGGCGGCCGCCGGCCUCCACGCCUCGCCCAUGUCGGCCGACCGGGUGGUGGCCUUCAUGGACCACAUCCGGGUCUUCCAGGAGCAGGUGGAGAAGCUCAAGGCCCUGCACGUCGACUCGGCGGAGUACUCCUGCCUCAAAGCCAUCGCUCUGUUCACGCCAGACGCAGUGGGCCUUUCGGAUCUGGGCCCCGUGGAGAGUAUCCAGGAGAAGUCGCAGUGCGCCCUGGAGGAGUACGUCCGGAAUCAGUACCCCAACCAGCCCAGCCGCUUUGGAAGGCUGCUGCUCCGCAUGCCCUCCCUGCGCAUCGUCUCCGCGCCCGUCAUCGAGCAGCUCUUCUUCGUCCGCCUGGUGGGCAAGACGCCCAUCGAGACCUUAAUCCGGGACAUGCUGCUGUCGGGAUCUAGCUUCAACUGGCCCUACAUCCCCAUGCAGUGAGGAGGGCGGCAGGAGGAGCUGGGCUUUCCGGCGCAGCGGAGACGCACCCCUGGAUUCCAUCCGGAGCAGGAAGGAUCGCUGUGAGCCCUCCCUGCUUUGGAGGAACGGGCAGGACUCACCGGGACGGGUUGACGGUCCCAUGGCGCUGGGGCAUGGGGCGUGAGGCCCAGCGUCUGGACUCCGGAGAACAAAAGGGGAGUGGAACUGAUUCUUGAGGGGGUUGAUUCUCAAAAGGCCCUUCCUGUUCCCUUUCCAAUGGGGCAGGAAUUCCCACUUGCCCCCCUCCCAUCCCCGAUCUACUCUACCAGCGUGACACAGACAUAACCACAUUUAAUCAUGCAGCUACCUGUACCCGUCUGCUUCUGUUUGACCUGUACGCACUGAAAAAAUCUGGACCUUCCUCCUCUCCCGGCCUGCGAGGGGACUCUGCAAACCAGGGACAAUCUGCACCCUAUCCGUGGGACUUUGCUCUGCUUCCAAAUGCCCAACGACUUGCCACGUCCUGGCAGCCUGCACGUACCGAAUCCGACGGCUGGGCAGCUGAGACCACGCGAGCCUGUCUCGGGCUUUGACUAUAUCAGCAUUUGGUAUCCGGCAGCUGAGAACUGAGGACUCAUUACCGGAGUGGCCUUGAUCACGCGACAAAUUGCUCUCUCCCUUUUUGGUGGGGGCAGCAGGGUUGUCAAAAAAGCGGGGGGAGGGUAAGACACACACAAAGCCGAGCCUGCAAUCUCAUUGCCCGUGUGUGGGUGUGGCGGGAUGGGGAGGGGUAAAGUUUACCAUUCCCCUUGGAAUAAGAGAGGCCUGAGGCAUGGACUAUUUAUAAAUAAAAUAAACCUAUAUUAUAUCCUAAAUUCUUCUGUUCUCCCCUUGAAAAUGAAAGUGUAUAUCCCCCCUCCCAUCUCCUUUUGUUUUUAAUUUCCCCCUUCUCCUUUGUAAAGAUAUUUUGCUGUGGAUUGUGGAUUUCUCUUUGGAAACAAACAAACAAAACAAAAAAAAAACAGUUUUUUUUUUUUUUUGGUGGAGCUGGCAUUAUAAUUAAAACUGAUGAUUGCUGAACUCA